CUUCCUUGGUAAACCUCGGUAAAAUGCGCCGCGCGUUUAUCAAUAGCGCUUUUGGUGGGGAAGCGCGAUUUUGUUACGGACACUGGUAUUGCCGGUGUAUGCAAUAUAUGAGCGGACUGACUGUAAAAGCAGCAUGGAUUUCUGGAACAAUUUCCUUGGAAUAGUGCAUCGGCCAGUUUUCAAGAACAUCGUAUAAAAGAAACCAUUUUAUCGGAACUCGAAAAAAUUCAGUUUAAUAAGCUGCAGAGAUGCUGUCGAAUCUUACCAAGCUCAUUGGUGGUGCUGGCCACCACAAGGCAGAAAAGGGUGGAGCUAAGCUGAACCAGACUACAUUUGACUUGAAGGCACCCCAUGGCCCUGGCAAUAUGCAGUGGGCCUGGCAGUCGCUGCCCUGCGAACUCCUGGCUACCAGCGGCGGCGACUCCCGCCUCACCAUCUACACCAAGGACGGGCAUACCAAGGAAACCGUCAAACUCAAAGGCCCGUGCCAGGCUCUGAAGUGGAGCAAAGACGGUGCGACACUGGCCGUCAUCAACAAGUCCCUGCCUGUGGUGUGCAUCUAUGAGGCGGCCAAGGCCAAGAAAAAGGAAGUGACUGCUCCGUUUGAAGAUCAGCUGACACACAUGGCGUGGUCCAAGACUUCUCUUCUACUGGCCUGUGGCUCCAAGAACGGCAACGUGCUCAUGUACAACCACGCCAAUGGCAAAUCGGGGGCCAUAGAGGGCAAGCACAAGGCGGCCAUCUGCGGCUGCGCGUGGAGUCCCGACGGCCAGCUGGCCAUCUGCGCCGAGGACAACACUCUCAGUCUGAGUCAUGAGAACGGCCAGACGUUCGCGGAGCUCAAGCUGCGCACCAGCCCCAGCUCCGUCAGCUACGGCCGCGCCGACAACGGCAAGGACUCGCUCUUGGCGGUGAAGCUAGGGGCAGAGGCCAUUUUCGUGCUGAACGUGAAUAGGAAAGACGGGCCCUUGGAGCUGACCUUCUCGGAGCGGUACGGUGCCAUUCUCGACUUCAAAUGGCACCAGCGAGGCCUGCUCAUGAUCGGCUUCGCCAAGGGCUACUUCAACAUCGUGUCCACCAACCCGUCCAACAUGGGCACGGAGCUGUUCCAGGUGCGCGACUUCCGGUCGGCCGAAAUGACGGGCAUCGCUGUGAGCCAGGCGCUGGGCCUGUGCGCCACCAUCAGCGCCAACAGUAUCCGCACGCACAACCUGGAGGACCCGCGCGAAACGGUGGGCUCGCUGGAGGUGAAUGGCGAGAACAAGCUGCUGAAGAUAGACUGGUCGGAGGACGGCGGCCUGCUCACCGUCUCCAGCGUGCAGGGCAACCUGUACGCGUUCCCGGGCUCAAUCAAACGACAAGCGGUGCCGGCCGUGGCCAAGGCCGAUGAGCAUGCCCGGCAGGCCAGCAAAGCCGCCAAGCAGAAGAAGGAGGCAGGCGACGACAAGCAAGUCACCGCCGCGCGCCUCUACACGCUGCACAACCCGCACGGUCCGGGCGGCAUCUUCUUCGCCUGGCAGCGGCGUCACGGCACCUACAUGGCGACGACUGGCUACAACCAGAUGGUCAACAUAUAUGACCGCAUGGGCACCAUGGUGGACCAGAUCGCGCUGCCCGGCAACUGCACUGGCUUCGGCUGGGACAUGAACGGCGACAUUCUCGCCGUGAUCAACGAGAAGAACUCGGCCAUCAUCCUCUGGGAUGCCAACUAUAGCAGCAAGACCCGCGUGCGCCAGCUGGACUCUGGGCUGCGCGACCCUCUCAGCUCGCUCAUCUGGUCCCGCUCCUCUGCAUACCUGGCCGUCGGCACGGCCAAGGGCAACCUCAUGAUUUACAACCAUCAAACCUCCCGGCGCAUCCCGAUCAUGGGCAAGCACACGCGUCGCAUCACGUGUGGCGCCUGGAACAAGCAGAACCUGCUGGCGCUGGGCGGCGAGGACAAGACGCUGAGCAUCAGCAACGAAUUCGGCGACACGAUGCGCCUGGCCACGCUGCGAGCCGAGCCCAGCCAGAUCCAGUUCUCCGAGAUGAAGAUGGACGGCGCCAGCGACGGCGAGAACACGGUCAGUCUAGUGCUGGUCAAGAAAAACCUCUUUCUGUACAGCCUGACGGACCCGGACAACCCGGUAGAGUUGGCCUUUCAGUCGCGAUAUGGCAACAUCAACCGCUACGAGUGGUUUGGCGACGGCUACAUCCUGCUCGGUUUCUCCAGUGGCUACUUCGUGGCAAUCUCCAGCCAUAUGAAGGAAAUCGGCACAGAGCUGUUCCAAGUCAAGAACCACAAGACGCAGCUAAAUGACAUCGCCGUUAACCUGGCGCUGAGCAAGGCAGCCAGCUGUGGAGACAACACGGUAAAGAUCCACGAGCUGCAGGAGAUGAAGGAGAUCUGGUCAGUGCUGUCGCUGGACGACGAGAAAAGCGCCGACCAGGUGGAGUGGAGUGACGACGGCCAGCUGCUGGCCGUCGGCUGCGGCUCUGGCAACCUGCACGUCUACUUGAGCUCGCUGCCGAUCCUGGGCGGCGCCGCCGGCACCCGCAUCGCCGUGCUCACCAGCCUGCUCGAGGUCACCAUCAUGGACUACCUGCGCAAGGAGGAGAGUACGCCCUUUACCGUGGACGUGGAGCCCAGCUUCCUCGGCAUCGGGCCCUUCCACCUGAUUGUCGGCAUGAACAACCGCGCCUGGAUCUACCUCAUCGGAGAGGGCGGGUCGCCGGAGCUGGUGCGGGACAGGGAGUACCUGGGAACGGUGGAGUCGGUCCGGCUGAACGCCGACUACGCCUCGGUCCUCUGCGACGGCGUCAUUCAGCUGCAUGUGCUGGAAUCCGAGUCGGGCGAAUCAGAGGAGCGGGAGGGCCGCCUGUUCCCGGACCCCGAGCACCGCGACAUGAAAAUCACCUGCCACUACCUGACGGCCGACUUCCUCAUCUACGGCACGGACACCGGACAGCUGGUGUUCUUCUUUCUGGAGGACUGGGCGGUAGUGAACGAGUACCGCCACACGAUGGGCAUCCGCCAGGUGUACCCGGAGGUCAACGGCACACGCGUGGUGUUUGUCGACGAGCGCAGUGAGGGGCACAUCUUCAAUCCGGUGAACGACCUACUGGAGCGCAUCACCAAGUUCCCGCCCCAAGCGCUAGGCGUGCUCUGGGAGAACUACCCGCUCGACCGGAACGUGUUCAUCGCCUGGGACCGCACCACCAUCGCCACGUUCGUGUACACGCGAGAGAACGUCGAUGGGGCCGUGAUCGACAUGGUGGACUCGACGCCGCUGCCGGCCGGCCAGUCACCGUUGCUGCUCUACAACGGCGAGGUUACGCUGCAGACCUGCAGUGGCCGCGUCACGCAGCUGGUGUUGGCCAGUCACGAGAUGGAGGCCAACACGAACCAGUACGAGGAGAAGGAGCUGGUCACCGCCAUGAAGAAAAACGUUGCACUCCGAAGGUACAAGGACGCCUGGACGGUGGCGCAGGCGCUGGACAAGCCGGAGGCCUGGCGCCAGCUGGCCGAGGCCUGCAUGAAGGACCUGCAGAUCGACAUGGCCAUGCGCGUCUACAGGCAGAUGGGCGACGUUGGCAUGCUCUGGUCCCUGGAGACGAUCCGCGAGAUCGAGGACAUCAAGCUGCUGGCAGGAUACGUGGCCAUGUUCCUGGGCGACUUUGACGAGGCACAGACCUUCUUCCUGUCGUCGACUACCCCGGUGGCAGCACUGGAGAUGCGUCGUGACCUUCUGCAGUGGGACAUGGCGCUACAGCUGGCCAGUAAGCUGGCACCGGACCAGAUACCGGACAUCUCGCGGGAGUACGCUCACCAGCUGGAGUUCACCGGUGACUACCAGCAGGCGCUGCAGCACUACGAGCAGGGCCUGUCGCUGGCCGCCGAGGACGCCUCCGAGGAGCACAAGGCCCAGUGCACGGGCGGCAUCGCCAGAUGUUCUAUCCGCUGCGGAGACAUUCGGAAAGGCGUGCAACUGGCUACUAAUUCGCCCAGCAAACUCCUGAAGAAAGAAUGUGCCGAAAUACUGGAAGGCAUGAAGCAAUACAACGAGGCGGCCGUGCUGUUCGAGAAGGGCGCGCUGUACGACCGGGCGGCGCAGAUGUACAUCAAGCUAAAGAACUGGAACAAGGUGGCCGAGCUGCUGCCACAAGUUCAGAGUCUCAAGAUACACUCACAGUAUGCCAAGGCGCGCGAGGCCGAGGGCAAGUACAAGGAGGCGCUGGCCGCCUACGAGACGGCGCGCGAAUACGACAGCAUGGUGCGCAUCCUGCUGGACCACCUCAACAACCCGCAGCAGGCCGUCGCCGUCGUGCAGGAGUCCAAGAGCGUGGAGGGCGCCCGUCUGGUGGCCAAAUUCUUCAUGAAGAUGGGCGACUUUGCUUCGGCCAUUCAGUUUUUGGUUAUGUCCAAGUGCAUCGAGGAGGCGUUUAACCUGGCUCAGAAGCACGGCAAAAUGGACACCUUCGCCGACAUCAUCGGAAAUGACGGCCGUCCAGAGGACUACCGCAGCAUGGCGCUGCACUACGAGAAUUCCAUGAACUACUUCCUGGCUGGCAAGUUCCAUCACAUGUCCGGAGACUCGACCAAGGCGAUCAAGCUGCUGCUGAAGGCGGCCCAGGGCGCCCAGGAGGCCGACGCCAUCAUGUUGGCCAUCGACGUGGUGGGCGAGGCCAACUCGGAGGGUUUGGCCAAGCAGGUGAUUGACUUCCUGCUGGGCGAGCAGGACGGCGUGCCCAAGGACCCCAAGUACCUGUUCCGGCUGUACAUGGCGCGCAAGAUGUACCGCGAGUCGGCCAAGACGGCCGUCAUCAUCGCCAAGGAGGAGCAGAAGGUUGGCUCGUACCGAAACGCCCACGACAUGCUGCUAGGCAUGUACCAGGAGCUUCGGAAGCACAAGAUACGCGUGCCGAACGAGCUGGCGUCCAACAUGAUGAUGCUGCACUCGUACAUCCUGGCGCGGAUCCACGUCAAGCGGAACGAGCACCUGAUGGCGGCGCGCCUGCUUAUCAGGGUCGCCAACAACAUCUCCAAGUUCCCAGCCCACACCGUGCCCAUCCUGACUUCGACGGUGAUCGAGUGCCAGCGCUCCGGUCUCAAGAAAUCGUCGUUCCAGUUCGCCGCCACUCUAAUGAAGCCCGAGUACCGGGACCAGGUGGAUGCCAAAUACCGCAAGAAGAUCGAGGCGGUGGUGCGCAAGCCGGCCAAAACGGAGGAGGAGGAGUUCCCGGCCGCCUGUCCGUUCUGCGAUAACAUGAUCGCGGAGACCGAGCUCAACUGCGACAAGUGCAAGCACACGCUGCCCUACGCAUCGCCCUCCGGCCGUCACGUAGUCAAAGACGACCUCACAGAGUGUCCGUUCUGCAACUUCCCGGCCAUCCGCUCGGAGCUGGCCAAGUUCGUCGAGUCGGACGACCCGUGCCCGAUGUGCAACAAGGGUCCGAUCGGCGCCGGCGAGCUGCGCAUCUUCCCGGACGCGGCCGUGUUCCUGCCGCUGAUGGGCGAGGAGUGAGCCGCCGGCCAGCACCCAGGCGCCUGGUCGGGCCGUGGCCGCCGCCGAAACGGCAGUGGUGCGGCAGCGGUCACCGCACGAGGCCGCGCCCGUCUACCGCCGAGUCACGCCAUUGCUGCCCGUGUUAUCUGUUGCGUUAUGUUCACGUAAUUUGCAUUGCAAUACACCA